AUGGACCUGCCUCCGGUCGCGGAUGAUUGGGCCAUUCAAGCGUUUACCCAAGGACUUAACCCCCGAAGCUCCUUAGCUUCACAGCAGCUAAAACAAAACUUGGUUGAAUACCCAACGGGUAUAACAGACAGGCCUUUCGAGGGUAGAGAAGCACCAAGAUUGUCAGGAUACAACUUCAAUGUUGAUGCGGCCAGCAUCGUAUCAGCCAUCGGGCGCAUCAAGGAAACCAAAUGGCCCCGACCGUUGCAGUCUGACCCUGCCCAAAUAUAUCCUAACUUGAUGUGUAUGUAUCAUGGCACUCAUGGCCACAGGACCAAGGAUUGCCGACAAUUGAGAGAAGAAGUUGCCCGGAACAAGGAUGCCAACAAACAGGCCAAACUUGAGGAGCCUCAACACGUCAUCAACAUGAUCAUUGGAGGGGUCGAUGUCCCUCAAGGAUCGAUAAUAAAGCGCACUAAAAUAUCUAUCACAAGGGAAAAACGUACUCGAGAUUAUGUCUCGGAGGGAACCAUCUUGUUCAACGAUGAGGAUGCCGAGGGAAUCGUGCAACCACUCAAUAAUGUACUGGAAACCUUCGACAUAUUGAAGAAAUACAAUAUUAAGAUGAACCCAGAGAAGUGCGCUUUCGGGGUAGGAUUGGGAAAAUUCCUCGGGUUCAUGGUAUCCAAAAGAGGGAUCGAGAUCAAUCCCGACAAAAUCAAAACCAUAGAGGACAUCACCGUGGUGGAAAAUGUCAAGGCCGUUCAGAAUCUGACCGGGCGUAUAGCCGCCCUGGGCCGGUUCAUAUCGAGGUCCUCGGAUAAAAGCCAUUGGUUCUUCUCACUGUUAAAGAAGAAGAAUAACUUUUCCUGGACCCCUAAAUUCCAGAAAGUUUUGGAAGAACUCAAAUGGUAUCUAUCGAGUCCGCCCAUGCUCCACACUCCGAAGGCGGACGAACAACUAUACCUUUACUUGGUAGUUUCUGAGGUGGCGGUAAGUGGAGUCUUUGUUCGGGAGGAAGAAGCUACGUAG